AUGAAGGCCAAGGUGAAAGUGUUGGUGACGAGAAAGGACAGGCACAGGGAAAGGGCAUUAUACUGGCAGGCAGCCCGACGCCAUCUGCAAAGCGCCAAGCGGCUCGGCGUGGCCUUCGAUGCCAGUCGCGUCGGGGGGCGAAAGCGGACCACUUACAUCUUGCAGCACCUGACCUCUGGGCAAGCGGUGCACCAAGACAGUGGUUACCGCUUGGCGGGUACAACCGCAGCCCCUGACGACGCAGUCGCCUUGGAUCGGGUCGCCUUGGCCUUCCUGCGUGGCGAGCAAAGCAGAGAAGCCAGUGACAGAACGAACGACAGCGACGUCGCCUUCAAGAAAUACAAAGGUCCACCUGAACGUGCUGCUGCCUACGACUCUUUGCUCGCCUUCGACCAUUGUCUUCGAAUCAUGCAUGAUGAUUCCGGCUUGCAGGCUUUCCUGCCAAAAGAAGGCGAAGGUCAGGAGGCAGAGGACUUGCGGCACAAACCCAUUCUUUCUAUCACAUCGGACCACGGCUCCGAGCAAGAGUCAGCCCGAUGGUUUCUUCUUUACGAACUCGGGUGUCGCGGGCUGUUUCUGUACGACGUGCGGCAUCAACUGCACAGGGAGUUUGAAAAUGCCACGAACCUUGCAGGCAUGCGAAGCAAGAUGAAAAUGGCACAAGCCAUACUUUCUUAUUGCAGGGGGCCCUACAAAGGCGCCAAGUGGUUUCGCGUCCUCCAAGAAGAGGCCUUCGACUUCGCGAAGACCCUGGCCUUGGCUCAGGACGGCGCUGGGGAGGUCCUGCUGAAAGCCAUCGCACCCCGGGUGGCCCGGGAGAAGGGCUUGAGUGCGGAAGAGUGCAGUCCGAAGGCUCUUCUCAAGAUGCUUGAGGAAGCUCGCUUCCUCCGGUCGUACACCGGCAGCGGCAACUUCUCACGCUGGGACGAGUUUCACUCCGCAUGGCGGAGCCGCCGAGACGAGAGCGGGCUGCUGCUGCUCAUGCAGUCUUACUGCCUGCGAGCUGGCAUUUUGAAAGGGUCGUCUUCGGGUGUCGACUUCGCCUUCGGUGUCGCGGAAGCGGCGGCCGCCGCCUCUGCAACGGCCAAGGCGGAGAAGGAAGGCUCCAAGACCAUGAAGGAAGCCAAGGCCGCGACCACUGCCUUGUACAACAGGUGCAAGAACAAGUUCCACGUGGUCUGUCUGCUUCUCAUGGACUUGGACCUCAUGACCGCCUUGAACAGCUGGCAUGCAAUCACUUUUCCUCUGUCCAGACAGUUGAACACUUUGCGUAAAGAAGUCAGGGGAAGGCAAGGCGCUUUGGCCAUGUGGCGUUCGUUCGCCUUGGGAGACUGGAUUUCCGUUGUCUCUGAAAUGCACGACGCCAUUUUCGAUGCCGAUCUUCAUCGUCGCCUUGGCCUUCUAACGCAUGAAGAUUGCGCCGGCUCCAUGUUCUACAACAAGUUGAGCGAGGAGCACCCCCUUGUCAGUCAACAGGACAUGCUUUUCGGCCAGCUCUGCGACAUGUUCUUCUGCGCAAGCUACCAGAAGUGCCUGACCAGCAUGGCCUUCUUCGACUUCCCGCACAAGCUCGUCUUGCUGACCGGCAACGACACGUCGGCCAUCCAAACAGUGUGCGUGGAACUCGAAGAUCAGGCAAAGGCUUUUGAGACUGCUCAAGGCAUUCGAACGAAGUGGUGCAAAUCUGCCUGCCAGACCUCCCCCAUGCAGCACCGGCUUGUGAAAGAUGUGCUCCAGGACAUUCGCCAGAACAAUGGCAGCGCCACACCGAUGCUGCGGACGGUCAUGACGGAUCUCUGGUCAAACUUAGCCUUUACCUUCAACGAAGAAGGAUUCCGUGCGAUGCGACAGCAUGAACAAGGCCAGAACUUGAGUCACGCAAUGCCGUCCAUAGAUGGCUGGGCGAAGCUAACAGGCGACAACAUCCUGGGGUCCUUCGGCUACCAAGAGAUCGAGCCGGAUGAUGCCGAGGUAGGGGAUUUGGAGAAUCAAUGUUCGCCCCUGAAGCAUUGA